CCUCCAUCCUGUCCUGGCUGCGAGCGUAGCUAGGUGCAGCGGGAUCAGAGGGGCUGCCAGCAAAUUUCCGGUGAGAGGAUCAACCGCGUAGAGCCGACCAGCGGUGGGACUGGAGCCGGGACUUGAGCCGGUGCUGGAGCAGGAGCGCUGGGCUGCUCUCCCUGGAACUUGCGGUGGCGGCUGUACUAGGCUGAAAGCACCAUGGUGCACGGACCUAAGCGCUCUGGGGCUCCGGCGAUAGCCCAGCUGGCCGCCCAGAAUACCGAGAUGUCUGGACUGCAAACCUGCACAGUUUUGAGAGAGAGAUGACUUGAGCAGCCAGCUGUUAUCUCCACAACAAUGUCCAUGAACAAUUCCAAACAGCCAGUGUCUCCUGCAGCUGGGUUCCUUUCAAAUACAACCUGCCAGACAGAAAACCGACUUUCAGUAUUUUUUUCAAUAAUCUUCAUGACAGUGGGAAUCUUGUCAAACAGCCUUGCCAUUGCCAUUCUCAUGAAGGCAUAUCAGAGGUUUAGACAGAAGUCCAAGGCAUCAUUUCUGCUUUUGGCUAGUGGCUUGGUAAUCACAGACUUCUUUGGUCACCUCAUCAAUGGAACUAUAGCAGUAUUUGUAUAUGCAUCUGAUAAAGACUGGAUUCGCUUUGAUCAAUCAAAUGUCCUUUGCAGUGUUUUUGGUAUCUGCAUGGUAUUCUCUGGUUUGUGCCCACUUUUUCUAGGCAGUGUGAUGGCGAUUGAGCGGUGUAUCGGAGUCACCAAACCAAUAUUUCAUUCUACGAAAAUUACAUCCACACAUGUGAAAAUGAUGUUGAGUGGCGUGUGCUUGUUCGCUGUUUUUAUUGCUUUGCUGCCUAUCCUUGGGCAUCGAGACUAUAAAAUUCAAGCAUCAAGGACUUGGUGUUUCUACAACACUGAACAUAUUGAAGAUUGGGAAGAUAGAUUUUACCUUCUACUUUUUUCUUUUUUGGGGCUCUUGGCCCUUGGUGUUUCAUUCUUGUGUAAUGCCAUUACAGGAAUUACACUUUUAAAAGUUAAAUAUAAAAGUCAGCAGCACAGACAAGGCAGGUCUCAUCAUUUUGAAAUGGUCAUCCAGCUCCUGGCUAUAAUGUGUGUAUCCUGCAUUUGCUGGAGUCCAUUUCUGAUUUCUCUGUUUUCUUGUUUUCUAGGUAACAAUGCCAACAUUGGCAUAAAUGGAAAUAAUUCUCUGGAACCUGUGAACAACACCUCUUUGCCUCUCCGAAUGGCAACAUGGAAUCAUCUUAGUCCCUGGGUAUAUAUUCUUCUUCCGGAAGGCCGUCCUUAGAAUCUCUUCACUGCCAGACGUUGCUGUGGAGUGCAUGUCAUCAGCUUACAUAUUUGGGAGCUUAGCUCUAAAAAUUCCUUAAAGGUUGCUGCUAUUUCUGAGUCACCAGUUGCAGAAAAAAAUCAGCCACCUAGUUUAGUAGGACAGUAAGUCAGUGUAGGACUAGAACAUAAUUAGAAAAUUUUGGCAAUAUUUCAAUUCGAUAAAUAUACAUAGCCUAAACUGGAAAGUUCAGUCGUCAGAAGGUAGUUGGGGAUACUUUCUUUGGAUUCAGCUUUUGAAAUCUGUCAAAUUAGUGUAGGAUUACACAUUUUCACUUGUUUUUGUCAACUGGAGAUAGAAUGAAAUAAUGCAUGAGAGUCAAAUAGUAAACAAUUUUGAGCUUUCUGUGUGAUUUGAUGCUUUUGGAAUAAAUGAUGGUUGAGGCCUAAUGUACUUUUACUUGGCCUGUCUACUAGAGAACACCUUAACGCUACCUGCACAGUGGAUUGGCUAUUUUGGGAUCACUGCUUUGCAGCUAUUCUUCAUAGACAAAGCUCACUGAAAUAGAACACCCAUGUAUUUUUGUCUGGCCUGUUUUAUUAGUCAUUAUGUAGCCUCAAUCAAUAUAUGCAUGACCAUGGCACCUGGGAUUCACUGUGGCUUAUAACAAAAACCACGACAUAGGCCAGGUCUGGCUCACAGAUUGUCUGAUCUUGUGAAUCUGUUAGAAUGGGCCCAUUCUUACCAUAUUUGACAAAUAUGAUUACUUUCAUUUUAUUAUUAUGAGGUCAAUUGUUUGAAGGCUUUUUGAUAAGUCAUGGAUUUAAAAAUUUUAAAUAAUCUUUUCCUUUGAAAAUUUAGUGCACUGAUAUACAUUCACAUUAGAGCUGCAGAGGUUUUAACUUAGCCCAGGACAUAGGCAAUUUGCAUGACAGCAGUUCCUAAAAAACUCUAUCAUGGAUAAUGCAACCACCUACACCUAGUGAUAAGUACAAGGAGCUUUGCUGUGAUCCAUCAUUUCUGGUCCAUAGAAUAAAAGACACACAGUCGGCACAAUAUUCAAAGAUUAUCUGCAACUAGUCUGUUUCUGCUUACAUGCAUGCGUGUACACAAAUAUACUCAGUACAGAAAAUGGAAUAUUCUAUUGACAACAUGUCCACUAAUGUGUAAAUUAGCAUCUUCUAAAACCUGUGCUACAGUUUGCAGGGGGAAGAUUGGAAAUCAGCCAAGGCUUUUGGGCAUGAUUUUAAUAGCUAACAAGAGAUCAAGGGUAAUAAUCUCCCCAAAAUUUCCAGUAAUAAAUCAGACUUUUUCUUUGCUUAUUUGCAUAAUUCAAUCCAAAGAUUUUAGUACUCAUUUAAAAAGUCCUAGGCCCAUCAGAAAAUAGGGUGUAGUUCUGCUUUAUAAUAAGGAAUGCAUUUCUAAAAAAUUUCUUGCUUUCAUUAAAUUGGGUCUCUUUAAAAAUUAAUUUUCUGUGAGAAACUAUUUCAGACUCUAAGAAAUUCUGUGAAUUCAGAUAGACUUAAAUUAUUGUAUUUAUAAAUUUCUGUUUUUUAUUGGUAAUUUACAUUGGAAGUCAUUGUUAAUUUUUAUGGAUUUUUGGCAAAUUUCUGGGUAAAUUAAAGAAAUUAGCAAAUAACCUCAUUGAAGAUUUGAAGGCAAUACUUUUUCUGUGAAUCUAAAGCAGAAUCACAACACACUAGCACAUGAUAUACUUAAUUUAAGGCCAGUAAAUGAUUAAUCUUGCAAUUUAUUCUCAUAUGUAGAGCACAUACUAUAUGCUACUAUACUAUACUUGUCAAAUUGAAUUAUAGACAAAAAUUUCUUGAUGCAAAUUGGACGUGGAAUUGGAAAGUUUUUGAAUGUUUCAGUUUAAACUGACAGUGACAUAUUGGUCAUUAUGGUAUAUGUAUAUAUACAUGUGUAUGUGUGUGUGCAUGUUUGUGUAUAUAAUACAUGUUUCAAAAGCCACUGCAAUUUGUGAUUGCUAUUACAUUGCAUAAAUGUUCUCAUGUGUUUCAAGAGCACUUAAAGCCAAGACAAACUUGCAGAUGGUUCAUUUACUUUCAAAGCAGAUAUUUAUUUUCCACAACUACUUAAGAAUAUUGGUGUCCUGUGAACUGAAGCACAAGGGACCAGAUCUCUACCUUCCCUUGUCGUGUUGAUAAAAAACCUGCAGCAAAUAUUUCCAGGUAUUUCAACUGGGGUAGGCGCUGAGAAGAAACUCAUUCAGAGGUCCCAGACCUCUUCUCCCAGAGCCUUCAAAUGUAAUGGCAAAAUUGUUGCUGUAUUGGUGUCAUCUAGCCAUCUGUAUCUGAACUGAGAUCUGUGACAUGACCAUGUGUGGGAUGCAAAGCUUUGGGGAGUGACAACGGAGUCAGUUUGAGUAUUCUAGAAAGAUUAUCUGUAUUAUGUGAGCAUUGUUUUAGGGCAAACUAAUUGAUUUUAAGAUGAUGUUAAACACAUGAUACUGACAUCAAAACUGGAAAAAAAAUAAGUAAAAGAACAUGUGUUUGCAUGAUUUAGAAUUUUAUUCCAACAAAAGCAUAAUUAAAGGAAGCAAACAAACAUAAGAAUGGGCAUAGCUGAUUUCAGAAUUUGUUUCUGUUGUUAUAUAUGCUGCAUAUAGUUUGGCAAUUUUCUGUAUAAUUAAUAAUAGAGGGUAACAUCCACCAAUAACUUUCAUUAAUGUUCCAAGUGGAAGUAAACUUGUUCUGAUUCCUGGAAAUAAAUAGUAAAAAUAAUUUCAACAGGUUCACCGGUUUGAAUGUUUUAAGCUCUGUUUUAAAAUUUAUAACAAGACCUUCAAGGUAACUGAAUUUCCCUUUGCAUUGGACAAAGUAGUAAUCAUGCAACUUUGAAUGCUAUGUGAGCUUAUGAUUUCUGAAGAAUUAUAUUAUUCUAGGCAAAAGCUAAACUUGUCAGACUUUUUAGAAUCUCUGCGAAUUUGUUUAAAAAAUAAGAUAAAAAUGCAUAUGGAUUUUUGUGAUUAUGAAUACAAAGAGAAUGCUGACUCCUGGUAUCCGGAAACAUCAAAUGUUUUACUGAAGGGUUCAAUUAAGUGAUAGAAAUAUGCCCCUUGAAAUUUCUUUCUAGAGAUGGAAAGUUGCUUAUAAUGAUUUAUGUAACUAAAUUGGAAAAUUCCUAAAUGUCAGCGUGUGUGUUUGUGUUGUGUGU